UUACAUAAUAUAGGAGGAAAAAUAGGAGACGGCUGCAGAUUGCGCAUGCGCGGUUUACGCGCCUCCGCCGCGUUCUCCUUCAGUCUGUCCUCUCUCGCUCUGUACAGAAACACCGUCAGGAACAUCGACACGCCAAACACGAUCAUGUCUGAGAAAGGACACAAGCAGAAAGAGGCGCAUGUGAAAGGAAGCAGUGAGAGCUGCCAUCACUGCAAGCCAAAGACAUGCGCAAACAUGUCCGUCCCUCCUGCGUACGCGGACCUUGGCAAAUCUGCCAAAGAUAUCUUCAGCAAAGGAUAUGGCUUUGGAGCUGUUAAACUGGACCUGAAGACAAAGUCUCAGAGUGGAGUUGAGUUCUCCACCGGUGGUUCCAGUAACACAGACACCGGAAAGGCGGCUGGAAACCUGGAGACCAAGUAUAAAGUGAAUGAUCUGGGCUUGACUUUGAACCAGAAGUGGAACACAGAUAAUGUUCUGACAACGGAAGUGACUCUGGAAGAUCAGCUGGCCAAAGGUCUGAAGGUGGGAUUGGACACUUCAUUUGUGCCCAACACUGGGAAGAAGAGCGGUAAGCUGAAGACGGGCUAUAAGCGCGAUUACAUGAAUGUGGGCUGUGAUAUAGAUUUCGACCUGGCCGGACCAACGAUUCACGCCGCAGCCGUUCUGGGUUACGAAGGCUGGCUGGCCGGGUAUCAGAUGGCCUUUGACACGGCCAAGUCCAAACUGGCCCAGAACAACUUCGCUUUGGGCUACAAGGCAGGAGACUUCCAGCUACACACCAAUGUUAAUGAUGGCACAGAGUUCGGCGGCUCCAUCUAUCAGAAGGUGAAUGAUCAGUUGGAGACGGCGGUGAAUCUGGCCUGGACCGCAGGCAGUAACAACACACGCUUUGGCAUUGCUGCCAAAUACCAGCUAGAUAAAGACUCCUCUAUCUCUGCUAAAGUGAACAACGCUAGUCUGGUUGGAGUAGGAUACACACAGAGCCUCCGGCCAGGUGUGAAACUCACUCUGUCUGCUCUGAUCGACGCUAAGAACUUCAACGCCGGAGGACAUAAGGUGGGCAUGGGCUUCGAGCUGGAGGUGUAAUGACGCACAGACGGAAGCAUAGAAGCACUGAUGGAAAGUAAAAAAACACAGGGAGCUGACAGCACGACUUCAGCACCUGCUAAAACACACGUCGCCCUUUCCCCCAUAAUUCCUCCUUAACUAAUCUGGCCUUAAACCCCUGUAGAACCAAUAAGACACAGGAUCACCAGUCACAUGAUUCCUGGCCACACCAAUCCUCCACCAGCUCACUAUGUGACAACGUCACAACAGCUUCCUCUCAGUCACUAUAGCAACAUAUCAUAGCGCUUUUAAUGUUAUACACGUGGCACCAUAUAAUUUUUUAGAGUUUUUGGUUUCUAAAGAGUCGCACAGGAUCUGAUGUGUAUGUUGUGCUUGUAGUUCAUGGGUUUAAUGUUUAAUCAGAAACGCCUCUCUGAAUGUCAAGCCCCUCACGUUUGCCCACGUUCUGUAUAACGUUCAUUGCCAAACGUGUAAUAUUUUAUCACUGGUUUGUUGUGUGUUUGUGGGCUGGAGUUAUUAGAUGAUGGUCCAUGAGUUUUUUGGUUUUAUUCCCUUAAAAAAAAACUGAUUUAUGUUAAAAGCGGAGGACUUGAAGGAGAAACUGAUGUUGUGGAACUCAAUAAAGAGGAAUGCUGACUGAACAAAA